GUAUGAUUCAUUGACGAUGAUUAUAAUGCUCGAGCUAUUUUUUGUACUAAUUGCAGCGUCGACACCUUGUUUAUGCGCCAAACUAGGGUAUCAAGUAUAUCACAUAAUUAUGUGGAGAAAUUUGCUCAACCCUCAAAAAAAAAUACUUAAAUGCCUAAUAAUCAAUUUUGUUACUAAUUUAAUUAAAGCUGCCUUUAGAUUUAAAUAGUGAUCGCAAUCAUCAAGACAAGCAAAAAAAGAAAAAUUUUAUGGAAAAAUUUUUGGAUUUCAAUACUUUCAUAAGGUUUGUUGAUAACUUUGAGUAACAAAAAAAAAGUGCGUAAUUUUGAGAUGAUGGUUCAGAGUAUUAUCAAGUUGCUUGAGGUAGAUAGAUGAAAAAGUAGAGAAGGAGAAGGAGGGAGAUUAACAAUCCUAGAAGAUUAGUCUCUUCUUUAUUCCUAUAACUAGGUCUCAAGGAGUUUUUCACUGAUGAUUCAAGAGGGUUGUUGAAUAGAUUAAAAUUGAUUUAAGCUCUGGACUAUAAAAUUCCUGAAAAAGAUAGUUUUGAUCGGAAAAUUUAUCGAGCAAAUUGUCUCAAAGGUGACCUAGGCAAAGGGAAGUAUUUCCUGAAUCCCAAAUGUUGUUUUUUCUCCAAAAAAUGA